UCAGAGACUGCUAUGAAACAGAAUUCUGAGAAAGCGCGGUUUAUUGCAGUCUUAUGUCGUGUUGAAGAAUUACUGAUUAUUUCUAAGUCAUUCGUUACUCUACGUUUCAGAUUUUUACUGCAAACUGUUAGUACUGCCUCUUAAAAGUGGAUAGCAAAUAUUGUUUAAGUAUUUUAAGACGAUUGCAUCUAAAAAUGAACGAAGGUGCAAUAGAGACACAGCAGGGAAAGAUCAUUUGUCCGCGGGAAGAAUUGGAUUUGGGAAUCACUUUAAACGGAGGGCAGAGUUUUAGAUGGUCUGCUGAGAAUAAUGGAUACAGAGGCGUAUUUAAUGGAUGUGUUUGGACUCUCGUGCAGAAUGACACACACUUAUCAGCUUUGCAAAGAAUGGAGUGCAAUUGAUGAACAUUUCCAGAAAUCAUUGGACAAAACGAAUGGUGUUAGGAUAUUAAAACAAGAAGUUGUGGAAAAUGUUUUCUCCUUUAUAUGUAGUUCAAAUAACAAUAUACAAAGGAUAUCAACAAUGGUAGAAAAACUGUGCUUCUUAUUUGGUGAGAAAAUCUGUUCAAUUGAGGGUAAGGAUUAUUAUAAUUUUCCAUCUAUUGAGGCAUUAGCAAAGGGAAGUAUCGAACAAAAAUUGAAAGAAGAGAAGUUUGGGUACCGUUCAAAAUAUAUAGCACAUACUGCAAAACGUUUGAUGGAACUUGGUGGCAAAGAAUGGCUUUUAGGUUUACAUAAAGAUAACAAUGUAUCUUAUAAUGAAGCUAUGGAAAAAUUAAUUAUUCUUCCAGGGAUUGGACCAAAGGUUGCAGACUGUAUAUGUUUAAUGUCCUUAGGUCAUUUAGAAGCUGUUCCAGUAGACACCCACAUAAAACAAAUUGCUGUAACAACUUAUUUAGUCCAUUUACAGCAACAGAAACAAAUUAGUAAUCAACAAGUAAGCAAUUAUUUACGUAAUUUAUGGGGCCCUUUUGCUGGUUGGGCACAAGCUGUAGUAUUUUGUGCAAAAAUCAACAAACCUCAAUCUAAAAUUCCUCCAAGGAAAAAAUCUAAAAGAAAAAGUCUGUGUAAUUAAAAAAUACUUAUGCAUAUUAUUGUAAAUAAUAAAAUAUAUGCAUAUACUAUUUUGUGUAAAAAUCGAAGAACUUUAUUGUAACAGUAAUAGUUAAAUAUCUUCAUUUUAGAUAUAGACAAUAAGUUUACAAUUAAAAUAUAUAAAAUAUAGCACUUUUGAAUGUGAGAUGUUCUACAUCUUGUGUUUAGUUAAGCUUAAAGUAAUCAUCAAAAGUUGUGUAGUCCAUGAGAGGGUUUAGGUUGUCAUCAUCAUCAUCAUCACUAUCAUCUAAGAAGAAACAUACAGUAUUAUCUAUGAACAUGAAUAAUUCUUUACAUGGUAUCAUACCUCCUUACCUAAAUCUGCUUUUAAUAUAUCCGCAAAAAUGUUCUCAAAAAGAUAGCAAAGUCCAGGGAACAUUUUUAAUAAAUACUCUCUUUGGGAUGAUUUUAAUGCUGUCAAACAUUCCAUCUGCAAAGAUACAGGUGUAGAACUACAAUGGGACAAUCUCAUUUUACUUUGUGCAGCCGUAGAACACACCAUAGGGUAUAACAUUGUGUCCUUUAAUCCAGUGAAAGCAAUACCUAGAAUAUAUUGCUAUAAUUAUCAUGAAUGUGGUAUAUUAGCUAAUAAUAAAACAUCAUAAAAUACUUACAUACCGAGAGAUUUUCUAUUGUGGAAAAAUUCUAAAGUACCAUUCCAUGUAUUUAAAUGUACUCCAACUAAGCUAUCUUGAUCAAAACAACAUCCAUAUUUGCGUUUUUUACCAUCAUAUUGUAUAUAUCCACGAUAGGAAAAGCCAAAAGACUCUUGAUCAAGUCCAAGGAAUGAACAAAAAUCAUUCUUCCUACUGUUCAUAUCUACUUUAUCUGUGCCGACACCAAUCAUCUGAAAAUAUUACAUAAAAAUAUCUUUCAUACAUUGCAAAACACAUUAAAUAUAUAUUAAAUGCUUACAAUAUCUGUUCCAUAAGUAGGGGUCAGUAUUUUAAGUUCCCAAUAAUGAUGUCUCCCUUUUUCCAACAAUUUAGUACCUCUAACUGCUGAUGUACCAUUACUAAAUAUGCCAUGAAACUGAACACUUAAGUUUUGUUCAAAUAAAGUAAUAGAAGUUGUAGCAUAUUCUUUGUCCCAUUCCCAUUCAUGCACUGUACAUAAACAAAAAUUACAAUUUCUUAGAACAUUUGGAACAUCUAUUUCAUACAAAUUGCACCAACCAUAUUGUAAUACAAUAAU